CUUUUUGGGAACGACUGUCUGUGUUCCUGUAUUGUUUCUGUGUGAAUAUUUUUUUGUCUGCAAUGGAGUGUUCAAGUUUUUUAAAGUGCAUAAAUGUGAAGUGGAAACCGUCAAAACAAAAUAUCUACUUUUUAGAAUUUUUCGUAAAAAACCGUGAAUUUUGACAAUUUUAAGCAAGAAGCUAGGUUGAUUAUUUUUUAUGGAAAAGCGCAAAUUAUUGGCAAUUAUUGGUCAAAAAAAAUUAUGCUUUUUUGUAAUCUUUGUUGAAAAUGGUAUAGACAUUUUUUUGGUCAUUUAAUAUUUUUUAUAUAGGGAAAAUAGCGGGAUUUUCAGAUAAUUUUUAGAAAGGGGAAUGAAUACUUACUUCUCGAAUGUUUUUGUGAAAAAGGAGACUAUAUUUUUGGCAAGAAACUAGCCUAUUUGGAAUUUUUGAUAAAAGGGUACCGAAAAAAAUGUAAAAUAAUUCUGAAAAUUAUACAAAUCUGACCCGAAAAAUUCGAUUUGGCAACGCUUCCAACGCAAUAAAAAUGUGUACCUACGAAUACGAAUAUUAAUGCAGAAAUGCGAAAGUAUACAAUGUUUGAUAAUUUAUUCGAAAUAAAUUCGAUUCCGGUUUGCGUUCGCGAAUAAAUUAGUAUAAUUUGAUUAUCUACUGAUAAAAUUGAACAGCAAAAUUUUACACACUCGACCACUGCAAUGUACCAUGUGAUUUUCAACAAUUUCGUUGUCGGUAGUUACUUAAUUAUCUACUGAUAAAGCAUACUCGCAGAUUUGCUGGUUCACAUUCGAGACACGUUUUAUUUUUGCGAACGGCUGCAUUCCUCGUAUACUGUUUCUGUGUGAAUUUUUUUCGUCUGCUAUGGAGUGUUCGAAUUUUUUAAAGUGCAUAAAUGUGAAGUGGAAACCGUCAAAACAAAAUUGUAAAGGGGGGGGUAUCUUACACUUUUCCCUGAAAGGAGUCCCUUUUGAAAGCACGUAGGUCAGCAGAGUUUUCCGAUGACAACAUCGUGGGAAAAACUAUGACGUCAACGCAUCUAGGAAAAUUGAGAACAGAAUUACUUACCAAUAAAUAACCAUGAAAAUCAAAACUCAUAGUUGUUAUUAUUCUCGCAAUCACAUUUCCAUAAUCUUCUCAACAUCUUACGAUGGAUUUGCCAUUUCGUGCAGAAUACGCCAAGAGUCGUAAUUCUCGUUGUAAAGGGUGCAAUACUCUCAUAGCUAAAGACACAUUGAGAUUAGCUGUUAUACGCCAGGGGUUCACAUUUGACAAAAGAUUUGCGCGUUGGUAUCACGUUCCUUGUUUCUUCGAUACACAGCUUGUGAAAAGUGUUGGAGAUAUAUCGAAUUUCGAAUCACUGAGAAGCGCCGACCAACAAUUGAUCUUGUCUAAAGUGGCUGGAGAACCUUCUGGAUCAACUAGUGGACGAGUUAGUAAUGGAGUAUCUGCUGGAGGAAUUGAAGAUAUUGAAGAACAGAAUGAAAUGAUUUUUCGUUACCGCGAUCAUUUGAAAUUACUACAGAGGAAACAUUUGACUGAUUUACUGGAACAUAACAAUCAAGAAACUAUUGCUGCGCGUGAGGGUAUCGAAACUAUUCAUGAUAGAUUAGCUGAUGCGAUGACGUUCGGAGCAUUACUUCCAUGCGAAGAAUGCGGACACAGUCAAAUAGUGUUUCGUUCUGGUGUUGGAUAUUUAUGUUUGGGCAACAAAGACGCAUGGGUCAAGUGUGAAACAGUUACAGAUGACCCCAAACGAAAACCUUUUCUAGUGCCAGAUCAUUUGAAAGACUCUCCAUUUUUAGCGUCGUACAAAUAUAAACCUCAGAAAAGAAUUCUUCAAUAUAAUAAACCCACGGACUCGAAUCCUCUCACUUUUAGCGGUGGCAAGUACGAGUCAAAUCUUCCAUCCAAGGUAAAGCUCAAAGUUCAAAAUGGUGUGGCCGUUGAUCCAGCCUCUGGAUUGGAGGAUGUUGCUCAUGUGUACCGUUUCCGCAAACACAUCUAUUCCGCUGUACUUUCUCGAGUUGACCUACAGUCCGGAUGUAACUCUUACUAUAAACUUCAAGUUUUGGAAUCUAAUGAUAAAAAAAUGUAUUGGUUGUUUCGGGCUUGGGGACGUGUUGGUACUCAUAUCGGAAAACCUUUACUCAAAAUUAAGGCUAGUAAAGAAGACGCCAUCGGCGAUUUCGAGAAGAUAUUCGAAAAAAAAACCGCCAACAAGUGGAGAAAUCGCGCUAAUUUCGUUAAAGUUGCUGAUAAAAAAAAUUGGGUUGAUGUUUCAUACGAAUAUGUAAAGUCCGCAGUGCCUUCCAAACUUCAGCAGCCUGUUCAUAAUCUAAUCGCUCUCAUAUUCAACGAAGAUACUAUGAAAAACAUCAUGUUAGAGUUUGAGCUGGAUACGGAGACAAUGCCGUUGGGUAAACUGAGUAAAGAACAGAUAAGGAAAGCUUUCAAUGUACUCAAUGAACUGCAGAAAUAUAUCUCAACAUCUGGUGAUCGUAAAACAACCAACUGGAAGAUAUUGGCUUUGACUAACCAGUUUUAUACUUUGAUUCCGCAUAGUGUCGGUGUUGAUAAUCCGCCGUUGCUCGAUCAUCUGGAUACUAUAAAACAAAAAUAUGAAAUGUUGCGCGCGUUAAUGGGAAUGGAAAUUGCGUACUCUAUACGCAAAGAUGUAAAAUCUGAAAAGAACGAUGUUGACCCAAUCGAUUCGUAUUAUUUAAAAUUGAAAACCUGUAUCAGUCCUUUGAACAGAACUGAUCGGGAAUUUCAAAGGAUACAAUUGUAUGUUGAAAACAGUCAUGCCGAAACCCAAAGCGAUUACAAUCUAGAAAUCGUAGAAAUUUAUACAGUCGAAAGACGAGGAGAGCGUAAGCGAUACGAACCAUUCAAAAAGUUACACAACAGGAAGUUAUUGUGGCACGGUUCCAGACUUCCCAACUUCGCCGGCAUCCUAUCUCAGGGUCUUCGUAUUGCUCCUCCGAAAGCUUUAAAAACCGGUUAUCGGAAUUGGUUCGGUAAUGGUAUCUACUUCGCUGACAGGGUGUCGAAAUCGGCGAAUUUUUGCUAUUCCAAGAAUACGAACAAUACUGGUCUGGUAUUAUUAUGCCAAGUAGCACUUGGAGAUAUGCACGAACUUGAACGCAAAAAAAAAUUAUCGAAGCCACCCGCAGGUAAGCACAGCGUCCUAGGAUUGGGUCUAAGAGAACCUGAUCCUAGUCAAUCCUUUGUUCGAAAAGAUGGCGUUGAAAUACCAUUGGGAAAAGAAAUUCUGAUCAACGACCCAGGGAGAUGGUUGGAUUACAACGAAUAUGUUGUUUAUGAUGCCGCUCAAGUCAAAGUGGAAUAUUUGGUACAGCUGAAGUUCAAUUACAAGUGAUUUUCAAAGGACAGAAGAAGUUAUAUGUAGUUAUUUCGUUCUAAUUCCAUUCUUUAUUGUUACUUAAUUUGAUCCUUCAUUAAUUACUAGUAUUAUAAAAGACAUUUACUUACUUAAUUUUUUAUUUUUGUAAUUUAAUUUCGAAUUAAAGAGUUUUUUUGAUGAA